AUGCUUGCAGAAACAUCAAAGAAUGAAUUGCACAACAGUUGGAUCAAGCAACGAAUCGACGAGAGGAACCCGUGGCAAAGGAGAGGAGAAUCCUCCGACGAGCGUUUGAAACAGAGGUUGAAGCAGAGCCUCAAGGGUCCUCAGCUUUGCGAAUCCACACGCAUUCCGGGAAUAACAUGGGGAGAGCUCUUGUCAAAGGAAAACAGCGUCGACAGCAUCUUCGAGGCAGGAGACAAGAAACUUAUCCUGCGGACGAAGUCGUCUGUCUCUUAUUCUGAUUCGCGCAAUCUGAGCAAGGAAGAACGGUACUUGCGAAGUUUGCGGUUCAGCAGUCGCCACGCUACUUCUCAACAAAGGUGGAACGAUUCUAAGAUUUGUGACAUAUUCAACAAGUACCCGAGAAAAGGAGCGAUUCAACAGCAACUCUACAGGGACAAAACCCUUUCAAGAACGAGCUCCAACGCUUUUGCUCGACCUGACAAGAAUCGAUCCGCUUUCCUGGGUGUACAAGAGCUUCUAGAAGACGCUCAGAGGGUAAUCCAACGAACCGAAGGUCCCAAGAAGCUCCUGCUGGUCACUGGGGGAAGCUGGGAAAUGUCUCGGCAGAUGUACGUCAGCAAGUUGUACUGA